AUGGCUUCACCCGCUACCACACACCCACCCAGUGCGAAACCACCACCAACAGGACCUCCGCCUCGUCCGACGCCCAAUGCCAACGGGAAUGGGACAAGGCCUCCCCCACAGCGCAAGAAUCCCAAUGCGAACAACCCAAAUGUCAAGGUCGAACCAUCAGCACCGCCAGAUCCGAUGGCUAUGUACGAAACUUUGAAGAAUAGGAUUGCAGUAUUAGAAGAGGAGGAAGUCACUGUAGAAGAGGAGGAACGGCGACUAGCUGAGGAAGCACGUCGUACAGUCAAGGGAAUGAGUGACUCAGCAGUGCAGACCAAAUAUAUUGAACUCUUCCAAGAAAUGAAGCGCCUCGAGCGUGAACACGCAAAGGAGAAGCAAAAGUUGACCAGGGACAAAGACACCGCCAAGAUGCAAUACAACAAGGCGAGUCAAGCGAGGACUAAGCUCGAGAACUUAGCCAGGGAACUUCAGAAGGAUAACAAGAAGCUACGUGAGGAUACUCGACGCUUGACGAUCAGCUUUGAAGAAGCCCGCGAUGAGAUCAAUCAAGUAAAGGAUGAGCUCGUUCAGCGUCAAAUGGCUCAUCCACGUUUCUUCACACAAAGUAGGGUUGAUCUUGGUACACGCAAGCCACUGGUCAAUACAUCACAACAACAACUAGCGGACAUUGUGGUUAAGGUCGUGUGCAAGUUCCGCGAGGAACUCUUCUUUAAAAUCAACCGCAAAACUAAACUCACUCGACUAUUUAGUACAUGGGAGUCCCGUAUGGACACUGGCUCGAGUGAUAAGAAAUCGGGCAAGACUCACUUUAUUUUCACCCAUGCCGGGCGUGCGAUUGAUUGGGAGUCCACGCCCGAUCAAGCUGGGAUCGAAAACAACGACGUGAUAAUGGCGGUAGAAUUGAUGGAUCUAACUCAGGCAGAGCCGGAUGAUUCCAUCGCUUCAAGGCCAAAAAUAACCAAGCAUGUUCCCGAAGAUGAUGCCGAGGCUACUCGCGCUGUAGAGGAGAUGCUUGACGUUGUUGUGCGUGAGCGCCUUAAGGAUGUUUUGAGGCAGUACGAGCGCCGGGAACGCCACUUCGAGGCUGUGGUGCGCAGCAAAGAAUUGGAGGUUCUGUUGGCUCGUGCCAGGGUCGAAGAGCAGAAAGGGUGUGCAGAGGUUGCCAGGCGCGUCGCAAGGGCUUCAGAACAGCAGAACGCCGCCUUGCAGACUGAGCUAGAAGAACUACAGAGGCAGGAAGCGGCAACUGCUACCAAGCUACAGCAGUGUUUACAUACGCUUGGAAAGAAUUCCUCUGCAGACCCUGCUCCCGCUGCCGCACGGAUAGUAAGGGAUGUUCUUUGGGAACAUUUGGAUCUUCGCGCCCAGGCCAUUGAACAUGAUACGAACAAUCAUGCGAGUGGAGAAGACUCGUAA